AUGUAUGCAAUCUUCAAGGAAAAUGGUGAGAUUGACGAAGUUAUCAUUCCACCAAAAAGAGACAAGAGGGGGAAACGAUUUGGCUUCGUGAGGUUUUUCAACGUUGCAGAUGAGAGAUUGAUGGUCAUUAAGCUGGACAACAUUAUCAUAGGUACAAAGAAAAUUCAUGCAAAUCUACCGCGCUUUAACCGAGAUUCUGGACGUCGUUUGGACAAAGGUAAGGAGCAGCUUGGACACGAGAUCAAAGGAGUAUCAGCAGGGAAUACUGAGCAGAAAGGGGGGAAUAACCAAAGAACGUAUGGAGGGAAUGCGAAAACAUAUGCUCGGGUUGUGAAUAAUAAUCAACCAAAAAGGCGGAGGGUAGAUGUUUUGGAGUAG